AUGGGGGAUGAUUCUAUUGGGAUUACAUCUGAUGAACAGCUGUCCGAGUGGUUUGAGCUCAACAAACAAAGACAAGGGGGAAGUUCAUAUUAUCCAACACAGCCUACUCAGUGUACAAAUGAGCUUGCCACGGUGCACAAGAAGGUGCAUAGGAAAGUCACAGAUGAUUAUGAGCCUGAUCUUGAGUUAGUUCAUGAAGAUGACAAUGAUGAUAUUCCUGAUUGUUCUUAUGAUGUUGAUGCUCCAUGUAUUGAUAUUGGUUGUGUGUUUCAUGACGUGAAUCAAUGCAAAUCGGCAUUAACCCAACAUGCAAUCUUGAAUGAUUAUGAUUUCCGUAUUGUGAAGAAAGAUAACAAGCGAUAUCGAACCAAUUUUAUGAGAGCUGAUCAAGUUAAGAUGGACGGUCCCAAGCACACAUGCAGUUCAGUGAAUCAGUAUGGUGACACAAUGGCAUCAAAUAAUUGGGUCGCUGAAAGGGUGGUUGAAUUCUUGAAAGAGGACUCAAUCGUGGGACCUACGGAGUUACAACGUAAGCUGAAGGACAAGUACGCACUAGAAGUUCCUUACAACAAGGUUUUGAGGGGUAAGGAAAAGGCUCCAGAAAUGAUAUUUGGUAAAUGGGAUGACAGUUAUGACUUGCUGCCCACAUAUAGAGCUGAGCUACUCAAAUCAGCUCCAGGAAGCAUUGUUGAGCUGGAUACUGAAAAUCAUCAAGGGGAUGUCUGUUUUAGGAGAUUCAUUGUGGCCCUCAAACCAUGCAUUGAUGGUUUUCUGCAAGGAUGCAGGCCCUACAUUGCUAUAGAUGCUACGCGAAGGUCAAGGGGUUUGGCUAUCAGCACAGAUGCAUGCAAAGGACUAGGUGAGACUGUGAAGGAUGUGUAUCCUGGUGUCAAACAUAGAGAAUGUAUGAGGUAUUUAUGGAAAAAUUUCAAGAAGCAUUACUCUGGUGAUUUGUUCAAUUAUAACAUGUGGCCGGCUGCCAAGGCUUGCACUAUUGAGAAGUUCAAUUGGCACAUGGGGCAAAUACAGGAAAGGUUCCUUGAAGCAAUUGCUUACUUGGAUGAGAAUCAUCCAUACUUGUGGAGUAGAAGCAAAUUCUCUGAGCAAUGCAAGGUAGACUAUAUCAAUAAUAACCUCUCUGAGUUUUUCAACAACUGGAUACGAAAAUGUAAAGACUUGCAGAUUGUAGAGAUGCAUGAUAUUAUAAGGCAGAUGAUCAUAACCAAAUUUGAUGAUAGGAGGAAAAUUGCUAUAUCAAUGGAGGGCAGCAUAAUCCCUAAUAUAACAAAGGCUCUAACUUCUCAAAGCAAAGAUAUCAAGGACCAUGUGGUUUUAAGAUGUGGCAAUAAAACAGCUGAAGUUACUGCACCUACAUCAUCAGGAUCAUCUUACAAGUAUGUAGUUAAUUGA